GAGGAGGUGACUCCCUCAGCAUAGGAGGGGAAAACGGAGCCCCGGGUGGCUCUCUCAACUUAGGGGACGGAUCCGCUGGUGGCUCCCUCAACUUAGGAGGAGGAGGGGAUGGAGGCCUUGGUGGUCUCCUCUCAGGAAAUGGAGGCCUUGGUGGUCUACUCUCAGGAGGGGGAGGGGGAACAACCCCACCCCCUACGACAACGACAACGACGCCAUCAACAACCACAACGACGGGUAAGAUUCUAUCUCUUUCUGAAAACAUACGGAACAGCUGGGCCAUGAGAUGCCAGCUUUGUUUGUUUGUUUGUUUGUUUUGUUCUGGAGUAAAGGCAUUACAGUAUUUACCACCCUCUGUAGCACUGCCCUCCGGUGGCCAUUUUUUGCCUCAGAAACUUUAUGCUGCGUGAUGAUGUAGUGUUGUUUUGAGGGUGGUUUGUGAGGGGUGGGGGGUGGGGAUGGCAGCCACCAAUGGCUCAUAGCUGCCAUUUUUCUCUGUCACUGCUUUCCUCUGUGUGUUUUUUUUCUUUCUUUGCCACUGCUAUGAACUACACGGGAGAUAUUUUCUGCCACAGCCCCACCUUUUGCCUCCCCACUCUACCACCCCACAUUUAAGCAAAAGCUGUGCCUUUUCUCUUAUACCGUGGUACCUCGGGUUACAUACGCUUCAGGUUACAUACGCUUCAGGUUACAUACUCCGCUAACCCAGAAAUAGUGCUUCAGGUUAAGAACUUUGUUUCAGGAUGAGAACAGAAAUCGUGCUCUGGCGGUGUGGCAGCAGCAGGAGGCCCCAUUAGCUAAAGUGGUGCUUCAGGUUAAGAACAGUUUCCGGUUAAGUACGGACCUCCAGAAUGAAUUAAGUACUUAACCCGAGGUACCACUGUAAUACAACCUGGAGAUGGGUCAGCUGUAGAGAGCUGGUCACACUGGUAACGUUUCACCACGUAAAGUCGUUUUACGUUGUCCUCUUGCGAGAUGAAAUGACAUUCCACAGCAUUCAUGUCUGUCCCUGCUUUUGCUUUCUGCCAACAAAAGCCACCACCACCACCACGACUCCGACCACCACCACAACCACAACUCCGACCACCACCACCACCACAACUCCGACAACUACCACUACUGGUAAGAUUGAUUCCAAUGUAACUCAUAGACAGCCAUCCUGGUAGAGUGAUUAGAAAGUUACUUUUAUUUUAUUUAUUUAUUUAUUUAUUACACCGCCCUUCAUCGAGAGACCGCAAGGCAGUUCACAGAAUAAAUGCAACGUAAACCACAAGUAAAUAAUUAAACCGAGACAGCAAAACAAUAAGCCCCCUCCCCACCACAGAUACAAUUAGAAGGCUGUGGGAUAUUAACCAGCCUGCUUGAAGAGGAAUUCGAACUGUGGCCUCCUAAAAGAAUAUAUAUAUGCACGCACACAAAUUGUACACCACCCUUCAUCUGAAGAUCUCAGGGGUGUUAAAAGUAUAAAAUAAAAACACAAAAGACACAAUAAAAGCAAGAGCAAAACAAACACAUAACCCCACCACCACCACCAGGGCCGGAUUUAAGUUUGAUGAGGCCCUAAGCUACUGAAGAUAAUGGGACCCUUUAUAUGUCCAGCUGUCCUUUGUCAACAACAGAUUGCCGCUGUUUUUUGUGUUGAAUCUAUGCUAUAUGGUCAUUUAUGGACCUAACAGGCAUCUAAAGCCAUUUGCACAUGUUGCCAUGCAACCAGUCCAUGCAGAAUGUAGGCACCCUAUAUCUAGAAAUGAGCAAACCAGUGAUAUUUUAGGGAUCAGGCUAGCAGGCAGGGCCCAUUACUAGCAUCAUAGGAGCCUACACAACACAAAAUAAUGCUGCUGUAUGUAGGUUUUAUUUUAUUUGUGUUUUAUCUUAUAUUUUGGAAAUGUACAUCCGAGUUUCUUCCCUUUAAUUUUUUUUUGGGGCCCCCAAAAGAAUGGGGCCCUAAGCUAUAGCUUAUGUGUAAAUCCGGCACUGCCCCCAACACAUUUAAAAGGACAUUGGAUGUCAAUCAGCUGAAGGCCUAAUUGAAGAGGAACAUUUUGUCUGGCGCCUAAAGAUGUAUAAUGAAGGCGCCAGGCGAAUCUCCCUGGGGAGAGCAUUGCACAAAUGGGGAGCCACUGCAGAGAAGGCCCAUUCUCAUGUUGCCACCCUCCAGACCUCUUGUGGAGGAGCCAGAUGAAGGGCCUCAGAUGAUGAACAAAGAGUCCGGGUUGGUUUAUAUGGGGAGUGGUAGUCCUUGAGGUAAGAAGCGGUCCCUGACAUAGGACUACAACCCAGAGUAGGGUCAGCAACAGCAAGCUAGUCACCCUGGCAUCAUUUCACCAAGAAAAGUCCUUUUUCAUUCUCCGCUUGCAAGCUGAAAUGAUAUUCUGCAGCAUUCAUGCAUGUCCUCGCCCCUUGUUUUCUGCCAACAGAAACCACCACCACAACUCCGACCACCACCAGCACCACCACCCAUGGUAAGAAUGAUUCCAAUGUAACUCAGAGAGAGCCAGCCUUGUAGAGUGAUUAGAGAGUGGGACGGUGGCUGCAGAAAUUCAGGUUCAAAUCCCCAAUUGGCCAUGAAGGCCUACUGGGCUUCACCUUGGGCUGGUCAACCUACCACGCAGGGUUGUUGAAGGGAUACGAUGAAGGGCAGAAAACGAUGCAUGCUACUUUGAGAUCUUUGGCAGUUGAAAUAUACUCGGAGUCGAGAGUGGAUUUCAUGCUCUUUAUUCAGCUCAUAGUGGUGAGGAGGAAUGAAUGUUCCCCCAAAGUAUCUGCUUUAUAUACAUAAUUUACACAAUGGGCUGCACGUGAUUGGCUAAUUCCGGGAUUCUCCUGUAGGCCAAUCAGGUUGUGGAUUCACUUCCAUCUGGAGCUGGAUUGGGUGGCUCCUGCAGACCAAUCAUACUGCUGCAUUGUUCUAGGACCAAUCAGACUGCUGCAUUCUGAAUCCUAUUGUUCUACGACCAAUCAGACUGCUGCAUUCUGGAUCCUAUUCAACUCAGUACAUAACAGCAGUGGAAUCUUUCAUCAGCAGUGCUGGGAAAGAGGCAAUGAUUGCUAAUUCCACCUUCAUGCCCCCCACCCCCAUAGCUCUACACCACCUCUCAGGCUUUCUCAAAGGGUCCCUCAAGCCCUCUAGAGCAGAUUUUAGGGAUGCGGUCAUUGAAUAGUCGUUUAGAAUCUAAAGUUUGCUUAGCCUUAGUAGCAACCCUUCCCUUGCCCGGUGAUCGGACGCUGAGAAAUGGGUUAUGCUGCAAAUCAGUAGGCUGGAGAAUAAUAAGGGUGUUGGCUUCGAUUUGUUCUCCUUCUAGCUUUCCUUUGUCCUACAGAACCUACAACCGCUUCAGAUCAUGUAUCGCUUGCACCCUGGGCCCUUUCCCUGAUUGUUCUGGGCUGUAUUGGUGCAGGCAUGGCGAUCGUUGGAACAGGUUUAACAGUAAGUAUGUGAAUGGGGGGUUUUUAAGGUUGUCACUGCACUGAUCACCAUGGGGGGGAGUGGAUUAGGGGAUGAGAAGGAGGAGAAGGAGACAAAACUGCUCCUGGGGGUGAGAAAAUGAGACUAUGGGAACUUUCCCUUCAGAGGUCCUGUGCUCACUUAUCUGAUCCUAGGUGUAUGUGUGAGUCAGCUUGAGGGAGGUAUGUGAGAUGCAUCACAAUGGAAAACAUACAUGGACAUCCCCACAAUUCCCAUGUUUCUGCCCCUUGCAAGGAGCAUUUCCUGAAUUCAUUUCUUUGAAGGAUUUUUAAAAAUCCCUGUUCUUCAACCCCAAAUAUCCCUCUGAAUGGCUCACAAUGAUCCAGUAACGAGCCCCUGCCCUCAGGCUCGCAAAUCUAAAAUAUAUGACCUAAAAGGAAAAGGAGCUGGGAGGAAGGAGGAAGGAGGAAGGAGGAAGGAGGAAGGAAGCAAAGUUGGGCACUUAUUCUUAAUGACAAGGUCCUUUUGUUGGCCAACAGUUCACUGAAAGGGGGAGCUGAAAGUUUCAUGUUUCUCAGCUGGGGAAAGGAUUGUAAACAGUGGUGUCAAAAAGAAAUAGAAGGGAAAGCCGUUCAGUUUUCCCUUGGCGAAAUUAAGACGAACCCUUCCCCGAAUUCCAGUUGAGUGCUGUCCCAACCAAGUUUCAAUCUAGAAAUCAUUCCGAAAGUACAGAACAGCAGAAUAGUGGGUGGAAUUCAUCUGUAACAGGCCCUGUUUCUAUCCCCUAAGCAGGCAUAGAGAGCAGGAAAAAAAUCAACACAAUUGUGUAUUCCUCCUCCCUGUCUCCAGGGGGAGCCAUUUCCAAAAAAUUAUAGUAAGACAAAAGGGAGGUGAGCAGAGGGAUUGGGAUGACAUUAGAUUUAGUUUGCAUUUGAAGGUGAAUCUUUCUGAUCCACACUUCCUGAAAUAAGUCAUGAACUGAAACCCAACCCUCCUUCAAAAUCCGCACUUCUAUGAAUGCUGCAAUGUGGUUCUUCAGUAAUGUAAUGAAUAUAAAAAUGCAUAUACUAGGGUAAAAUGAGCAUUAGAAUGCACACAUUCGUGAAAAUAGCAUACAAAAAUGCAUUAUAUUAAGGGAAAUUGCUUUGCAAAAAUGUGCAUAGGAGGCAAAAUUGUAUGCAAAAAAUGCAGGUGAAUUUUCAUGAGGUUUUUUUUAAAAAAAAUCACAAACUGACAUGGACGUAUGGAGAAAUGAAUGAAAGAGGUGGGAAAACGAGAAACUGAAACUGACAGAUUUGGCUGUCGCUAGGUGAACAUAACUUAAUGUACUAACUCAUUUUUCAUUUUUCUAAGGUCUGCUACUGUCUGAAAAUGAGAAGAUCUCAACAACAGAACACAUGUGGGUCAGGAGGAAGCUAUGUUCCACAUGCUAUGCCGUGCGGGAAAUUUUGAGAAGCCACGCAAUGGAGAUGGUAUACUCAGAUGGGAAUGUGCCAAGUAACCGACCUGCUCAGUUGCUGCUGCUUGAAUUAACAUAUACUCAGGACAUUCUGCUUCCUACACUUCGCAGGGCUCAGAUUAUUAAUAUUUUGGAAUAA